AUGGAGAUUUCAAUUUGGAAUGUGACCAAUAACACCAAUCCCUUCAUUCCGUCAUCGCUCGCAAUAACAAUGGAGGACAGUAGCUGGAUAGUCUCGAGUUCCUUCAUAAUUUUCACGAUGCAGACAGGUUUCGGAAUGUUGGAGUCAGGUUGCGUCUCCCUGAAGAACGAGGUCAACAUCAUGAUGAAGAAUGUCGUAGACAUAUCGUUGGGAGGCUUAACGUACUGGGCGUUCGGUUACGGGAUGAGUUUCGGGGUGGAUGCCCCGACGAAUCCGUUCAUAGGCACCAGUGGAUACCUCCUAGAUCCCCAGGUGUCGGAUGAACUCAUGGGACAGAUGUGCGCGGCAUUCCUGUUUCAGUUGAGUUUCGCGACCACCGCGACAACCAUCGUCAGUGGAGCCAUGGCCGAGCGAUGUAAUUUCAAGGCGUACUGUAUUUUUUCGUUCCUGAAUACUGUCGUGUACUGUGUGCCCGCCGGGUGGGUCUGGGGGGACCACGGGUUCCUGAAUCACUGGGGAGCUGUUGACAUCGCUGGAUCAGGAACUGUUCACUUAGUCGGUGGUGUCUCGGCUUUAGCCUGCGCUAUAAUGCUGGGCCCUAGACUAGGCAGGUACGACCACGGCUACGACGCCCUGCCACUGGGUAGCCCGGUCAACGCCAUCCUGGGUCUUUUUGUCCUGUGGUGGGGGUGGCUAGCCUUCAACAGUGGCUCAUCGUACGGGGUGACCGGGGAGAAGUGGAAGUACGCGGCAAGAGGGGCCGUUUCCACCAUGAUGGGCAGCAUGGGUGGAGGCCUAGUGGGCCUGGGGUUUAGUCUCGCCAACCCGAAAGGCAUCGACAUUCUCAGCCAGAUCAAUGGCAUCCUCGGUUCCCUGGUGGCCGUCACAGGGGGGUGCUUUCUCUUCAGGACCUGGGAGGCAGUAUUCGUGGGGAUGAUCGGGGGCUUCCUCACCUGCGUCAUGAUGCCACUGGUGGACAGGUUGAGGAUCGAUGAUCCUGUGGGAGCUUUUGCUACUCAUGGCAUUUCUGGGGCUUGGGGGAUCAUCUCCAUUGGCUUCUUCGCGGACGAUCCCCAGCCGCUGGACACGACCAGCGGUCGGAGUGGUCUCUUCAAGGGUGGGGGAUGGUAUCUCCUUGGAGUUCAGUGCAUUACUGUCAUCUGUUUGAGCACAUGGUCAUUCAUCACGUCCUUCAUUCUCCUCUGGUUUGUUAAUUUAAUCAUUCCCGUUCGAAUGCCUCAACACGAGGAGCUUCUUGGGGCUGAUCUAUUCGAGCAUCAGGUGAAGCACACGAAGAUUGGAGUUAGUAGAGCAUUGUCAGCUCUCAGACCGUUCACGAAGCACAGUAUGCUUCGGGAUUUGCCCUCAGUGGGACUCAACCCUGGCCACGAUUCCUAUUUAGAAAAAUACAUAAAAAGAAGAAGAUUGAAUAAAUUAUUAACAGCAAUGCACAUUAAAAUGAAGAAGAAAAAAAAUCCUGUAGACCUGAGAGGCAUUCGGACACCAGCAGAGAAUAUUAGUGUACUGCCUCCUAUGGCCUGGCAUAAUUAAAAAAAUUAUAACAAUAUUUUUUUUAAGAUUCCUCACUAAGCAUUAUAAAAUUGUUAAGAUAGACAGAUAAAAAAAUGAACAAAAGAAUUGAAUAAACAAUGCCAGUAAUUGACUCUUCACUUUGAAAUUUAUUAGAAAUGUACAAACAGACCCAAUGAAUUUGUCUUUCGCAUACAGGGUUACACGAUUAAAUGAUUCAAUCUUGUAUACAAAUAGUAAUACAAUUAUUUACCCACCUCAUUUUCGUUGCCAAAUUGACUGCUGAGGACAUAA